UCCUGGUUGGUGAUGAGAGCGGCGGCGGCGGCAGCGGAGUGAUCGGAGCGCACUGAUCUCCGCAGAGGAGCCCCGGCUGGUGAUUGCACUGAUUACAAGGGACACAAGAGGACUGCACCCACCGCGAAUCCCAGUGCCAGCCCAAGGAGGGGCGAGAGAAACUUUCCUGCUGCAUGCCCAGCCUGUGGGCAAGGAGCUGGUGCAGUCCUCAGCACCCGCAUGCGGGUAGGUAGACUUCCCAGGGGGUCCUGGAAUGGACAGGCUGCCAGCAGGUGCCCAGCCUCACUGAGUUUACUAUAGAGCCACCUAGGGAUCCCAGGUUGGAUCUUCACCUGGCCAGCACUCAGCUCUUCACCAGGUACAUGGCUGGGACUAUGAGGUUCAAUGGCAACCUGAAGCUGAAGAUAGGGGAGGCGGUGGGUCUUCAGGCCACCAGGUGGUCCCUCAGGCAUUCUGUGUUCAAGAAGGGCUCAGCCCUGCUGGACCCCUACAUCACCAUCAAUGUGGAUGAGUGCACCAUUGGGAGGACCACCGUCAAGCACAGGACUAACAAGCCCACCUAUAAUGAGGAGUUCUGUGUCACCAUAUGUGAGGGCAGCAAGAUGGAGGUGGCCGUCUUCCAUGACACCCCCAUUGGGUACGAUGACUUUGUGGCCAACUGCAACAUGAGCUUCCAGGAACUUCUCCGGAACUGCGGACCCACGGACUCCUUCGAAGGAUGGAUUGAUUUGGAACCUGAAGGCAAAGUGUUUAUUGCCAUCACCCUCAUAGGGAGCUUCACAGAAGGGACAAUGCGAGAUGGGCGGCUGCUGAGACACUUUACGAGAAAACGUCAGAGAGCCAUGAGGCGGAGGGUGCACCAGGUCAACGGACACAAGUUUAUGGCAACCUACCUGCGACAGCCAACAUACUGCUCCCACUGCAAAGAUUUCAUCUGGGGAGUGUUUGGCAAGCAGGGGUAUCAGUGUCAAGUCUGUACAUGUGUGGUUCAUAAGCGCUGCCAUCAGCUGAUAGUGACGGCCUGUACAUGUAUGAAUAACACGGCUAAAGUGGAAAAAAAGAUCUUUGAACAAAGAUUUGGGAUCAAUUUACCACACAAGUUCCGCGAUCACAAUUACAAAGUGCCAACAUUCUGCGACCACUGUGGAUCUCUCCUAUGGGGGUUGUUGAAGCAAGGACUACAGUGUAAAAUGUGUAAAAUGAAUGUUCACAAGCGGUGCGAGGCAAACGUGGCCCAUAAUUGUGGAGUGAACUCGGUGGAGCUGGCAAAUGCCCUGGCGGGGAUGGGCCUGCAGCCAGGAAACAUUGCGGUCACACGGUGUUCUGACGGCAGCCCUUCAAGAUCAGAAAAUGGUUCUGAAGAAGAUUCGCUUUCCAACAUGUCUUCACAGUACAAAUUGGGAAUUGAGGAUUUCACCUUCUUUCGUGUGCUGGGAAAAGGAAGUUUUGGAAAGGUCAUGCUUGCCAAGUCUCGGGAUGGGGAUAACCUGUAUGCAGUAAAGGUGUUAAAGAAGGAUGUGAUUCUUCAGGACGAUGAUGUUGAAUGCACCAUGACGGAGAAACGCAUCUUGUCUCUGGCGUGUAAUCAUCCGUUCCUAACACAGCUCUUCUGCUGCUUCCAGACUCCGGACCGUUUAUUUUUUGUGAUGGAAUUUGUGAAUGGCGGUGACUUGAUGUUUCACAUUCAGAAGUCGCGGCGGUUUGAGGAACCCCGAGCCUGCUUCUACAGUGCGGAAAUUACCUCUGCCCUCAUGUUUCUUCAUGAGAAAGGUGUCAUUUACAGGGAUCUGAAGCUGGACAAUGUUUUGCUAGAUCAUGAAGGACACUGCAAGCUGGCCGAUUUUGGGAUGUGUAAAGAGGGUAUUCGUGAAGGAUGUACGACAUCGACGUUUUGUGGGACUCCAGACUAUAUAGCACCAGAGAUUCUACAGGAAAUGCAGUAUGGACCAUUGGUGGACUGGUGGGCGAUGGGUGUUCUUCUCUAUGAGAUGCUUUGUGGCCAUGCCCCUUUUGAAGCGGAGAAUGAAGACGAUCUGUUUGAAGCUAUCCUGAAUGAUGAUGUUGUCUAUCCAGCGUGGCUCUCCCAAGAUGCGGUGGGAAUUCUGCAAGCUUUCAUGAAGAAGAAGCCCAGUAAACGUCUCGGAAGCCUGGCCUUGGGGGGAGAGAAAGCCAUCCUUUGGCAUCCGUUUUUCAAAGACAUUAACUGGGACCGACUUAACAAAAAAGAUAUUGAGCCUCCAUUUAGGCCCAGAAUUAAAACCAGGGAGGAUGUGAGCAACUUCGACCCAGAGUUCAUUAAAGAGGAAGCAGUAUUAACCCCCAUCGAUGAGCGGUUGAUCCCAAUGAUUAAUCAGGAUGAGUUCAGGAACUUCUCAUACACCGCUCCGGACCCUCAGGGUAUUACACAGGAUGGAAAUGCCAGUAUGCUUCAAUGAAGGCAGGCCAGCAGAGUUUUUUAGUCCUCUGUCUGCAGAAUAAAACCUAACAGCAGCCCAGGACAUAAGAGAAGAAGCCAAUGUGUCUAUGUUGGUAUAGUGCAUUCCUGCACUGGGGAGAUUCAUUAUUUAUAGCACCGGUACUGUAUCUGCAUGCCCUGAAUCUUAAGCAUCCACUGUUUGAAAGCUGAAGGCUCCAGCAUUUGACACAUUAAUGACUGUGGUGGAGAAUUCUCCAGACCAUUAAAUGCCACAUUCUUGCUGUGUUUGGCUUGCAAUCUGCACCUGAGUUCCGUCUGUGCUGAAGCAGCCCACGAGUGAUGGAAGGUCCUUGCUUGAGGCUGCAGCUUCAGUCUCUGCUUCACAGCUGUAGGCACACCAAAGCCAAAAUAGUGCAACAUUGCAGGAGACUCCUGAGAGUCGAAAAUAACUCCGAACUGUGAAAACCUAUUUUUUAUGCUGUUACAAAACUGGUCCUUUUCCAUCCCAUAGCCAUCAAAAAAGGAAGUGAAAAAACCAAGAGAAAAAAAACACUUCUUUCGAACCAAGUCAUUAAAUCACACUCUUAUCUGGAUUCGAGGAGAUUGUGUGUGAAGAACAAGAUUAAAUCAAGAUACUUCUGGAUCCUUACUAAUGCGCAAAAGCAUCCUAAGAGAGUCUUGCUACAAUAAAGAAUCAUGGCUUUCCACCACUAGGUGGCGUGAUUGAGCAAUAUGGCAAAAAAAUAUGUAUUGGAGGCAUAUUUGAAAAUGAAGUGAAUACUGAUUUUUUUUUUUUAAAUAGCUACUCCUCCGAGGCAGUAGGACUUCUCCCGGGUGUUAGGACGUAGACUGUUACAUAAGAGCACAAGAUACAGCACAAGCUAUUUUCAUUGUGUUUACUUUUUUUUUUUUUAUUCCAUUUUCUAUUUUAUUUCUUACUUGAAAAAAAUCAACCAAACUGAAUCCCCAUCUACAUCCUGAUGUUUUAUUCUGUAAGAGGAUUCCUGAACAA